UUUUGUGACUUGUGUGUUUGUUUAAAACAAUGGAUCCGGCUCUGCUGCGGGAACGGGAGGCGUUUAAGAAGAAGGCACUUGCGACACCGAGCAUUGAAAAGAAGAAAAGAGAUGACUCCCAAUUCAAAGAUGACAGCAAAAAGAAGUCAAAGUCUUCAUCAUCCAGCUCAGCCAGCGCAGGGCCCAAGCUGGAUGCGUCAAACUACAAAACAAUGGCUGGCAGUUCAUCGUACAGAUUUGGUGUACUUGCUCGGAUAGUCAGGCACAUGAGGUCACGGCACCAAGAAGGGGAUGACCACCCGCUCACAUUGGACGACAUACUCGACGAAACCAACCAGUUGGACGUUGGUAACAAAGUCAAACAGUGGUUACAAACAGAGGCACUUCAAAAUAAUCCAAAAAUAGAAUGCACACCUGAUGGGAAGUACAACUUUAAGCCUGUGUAUAAAAUUAAGGACAAAAAGUCCUUAUUGAGAUUACUAAAACAGCAAGACUUAAAAGGACUUGGAGGCAUCUUACUAGAGGAUGUCCAGGAGUCUCUGCCUCACUGUGAGAGGGCCCUCAAAAGCUUAGCUCAAGAAAUUUUGUACAUAACCAGACCUACUGAUAAGAAGAAAAUACUUUUCUACAAUGAUAAGACUGCAACUUUAGAUGUUGACGAAGAAUUCGUCAAACUCUGGCGUGCUACAGCCGUCGAUGCUAUGGACGACGCGAAAAUCGAGGAGUAUCUCGAGAAACAAGGCAUCAAAAGUAUGCAGGACCACGGGCCUAGGAAACCAGCUGUACCGAAAAGGAAGAAGGUCUCACAAAAACGCCGGCAGUUCAAGAAACCCAGGGACAAUGAGCAUUUGGCUGACGUACUUGAAACAUACGAAGAUAAUACCUUGACGCAGAAGGGGGUUUCUAUUAAAUAAAAUGUAUUUUAAAUAGUAA